UGCCUCGUAAUUAGAUUUCGCUCGCUGAAAGUAGCCGAGUGACCGCCCAGCCAGCAGCUAUCGAGUUCGUGUUGUGCAAUACGGUUGCAGCAAAGUUGGCCGUGCCGAGUGCGUGCCUGUGGAAGAUGUUGAUAUAGCAAAGCCAGUGACGAACGAUAUUCGAACGUAGUUUACAGCGGAGGACGGUACAAGGCACAAAAAUGUCUGCCGAAUCGGCCGUGUACGAGGCACUUAUGUACGCCUGCAGUCAGGAUGCACGGAUGCUGAAACCAGCCGAGCAGAAGCUUGCGGAAUGGGAAAUCCAGCCAGGCUUCCACCUUACGCUGGUGAAGAUAUUCUCCGAUCAAACGCUCGAUGGCAAUGUUCGCUGGAUGGCGUCACUGUACUUCAAAAAUGGUGUGCUCAAGUACUGGCGCAAGAACGCUCCCAAUGGCAUCGCGGUGGAAGAAAAGGAGGAGAUCAAAAAGCAACUGCUAAUGAAGUUUAACGAACCGGUUCAGCAGAUAGCGGUUCAGAUCGCCGUGCUGAUUGGUAACAUCACACGUUUCGAUGGUCCACCGGAUUGGCCGGAGCUGGUGCCAACGCUCGUGAAGGCGGUUCAGAGCGAAGACUCGUUGGUGCAGUACCGUGGCCUGCUCGUACUGCUGCACGUAGUGAAAGUGCUUUACUCGAAGCGCUUACCGCGCGAUCGUCACCAGUUUCAUCUGCUCACCUCGACGCUGUACGAAUUCGUGCUGAACCUGUGGGACGGCUUCACGCAGCUGUUCUUCACCAACAUCUGCGAACAGCACUGCGCCAUCGACGUGUGCGCCUCGAACUUGGAGAAAGCGACCAUCUCGCUGCGGAUACUGAAGAAACUGACAAUCUACGGAUUCCCCGUGCCUCAUCAAUCGGAAAGCAGCAUGAUGUUGAUACGCGUCACAUUCCAACGCCUCAAGGAUCUGCUGGAGUGCCGCCUGCGUGUGAAACGGAUGCAGCCACAGGCGACGAACGGGGGCGAGUCGGGUGGAGGUGGCGAUGGGAAGAUGAUGGAAUUGAGACGGGAGCUGACGGUCAAGGUGGAGAAGUUUAUUGUAAAGCACAUGAAGUUCCUGAACCUUUUCUAUGAGCAGCAUCCGGCCUCGUUUGUUGAUUUUGUAUCGACGGCGCUAGAGUUUUGCUUCAACUACGUUUUCCACGAGGGCACCAACAUGAUCUUCGAGGAUAACGUGAUCACGUUUCCAAACUUUGCCAUCCAGUGCCUGAUCCUGCUGAAGGGCAUCCUGUCUCAAUAUCCAAAUGUUGGCUACGUCGACCAAGCGAAAGAGCGCAUCAACAACGCCAAGCUGGACUUUUUUACGCCGGAGCGUUUGAGCUACAUAUUCGAGAAGAUAAUCGUGCACUACUUCUUGCUAACGCCGGACGAGUUCGAACAGUGGGACACGGAUCCGGAAGCGUACACGUCCGACGAGGGUGGUGAUUCGUGGAAAUACAAUCUACGCUCUUGUGCCGAGGCGUUCUACAUGAUUCUUUUCCAGAAGUUCAGCCGCACGCUGAUCCUAGAGUUGCAGAAAUACAUAUCGAAAUCGCAGUCAAUCACGCUCACGGAAAACGCCGAUAUGAACGAUCUGCUGAUGAAGGAUUCGAUCUACAAUGCGACGGGUUUGGCGGUGUUCAGUCUCUUCGAUGAGAUUAACUUCGACGAAUGGUUCACUCAGCAGUUGCUGGUGGAGCUGAAAUUUAAGUCUCACAACUUCCGGAUAAUCCGCAAGCGUAUCAUCUGGCUUGUCGGGCGAUGGACAGGCGUUAGGUUCUCGAGAUCGCUCCGCCCGCAAGUGUAUCAGGCGUGCCUCGAGCUACUGCACCCAUCGGAGGACCUGGCCGUACGUUUGACCGCUUCCAAAACGCUGUGUAGCAUUAUGGACGACUUCGAGUUUGUGGCGGAGCAGUUUGUGGAGUUUCUCGAUCCGGCGAUUGGGCUCCUGUUUGCGCUGCUCAAGGGGGCUGUCGAGUGCGAAACGAAGAUGAACGUGCUGCACGUGAUGUCGUUCAUCAUCGAGAAGAUGUCCGUGUCGAUCCGGAUUGACGUGAACAAUCUAGUCCUCUAUCUGCCGCUCCUGUGGGAGGAAAGCCGCGAGCAUAACAUGCUGCGAUGCGCCAUCAUCUCCACGCUGUUGCAAAUAAUAAAAGCCCUGUACGAAAUUCCCGCAUCGGAGUCGAUCGUGGCUUUCAUCUACCAGAUCAUCGAGAUGAGCACGAACGUGAACGAUCCAUCGCACGUUUACCUGCUGGACGAGGGCCUGGAGCUGUGGGUUGCGGUUGUGCAUUAUAGCCACGCGAUGAACCAAGAUCUGCUGAGUCUCUGCGAAAAUUUGAUACCUCUAAUACAACAAUCUUCAAGCAAUAUGCACAUGUGCCUGUCCAUCGUGCAGGCGUACGUUUUCCUCAGCCCGGAAACCUUCCUGCCGCGAUACGGACAAGAGAUUGUUAAAGUGUGCCAAUACCUGCUGAACGAUCUACGCACCGAAGGCGUCGUGUUGAUUAAUCGCUUCUUCCUCACGCUGCUGCACGCUGCACCGACGUACGCGAUCGAACUGCUGCGAUCGUAUCUGGUCGAAGUCUUCCGCGAAUACUACCAGCAUGCGGAGUUUCCGCAGGUGUUACAGGUAUACCUGCAGAUCAUAUCACGGGUGCUGAUCAACGAUCAGGUUACGUUCAGUUGCGUGCUGGCGGAAAUAGGCGUCCCGGAUGCACUGGCACGAAUACUGAGGCGCUGGCUUGACGGGAUGCAUUUGGUGUCACGAAUGGACGAGAAGAAGAUGCUUGCCCUCGGAUUGUGCAGUUUGCUCGGUGUUUCGAACGACGUGAUUUUUGACAACUUUGGUGGAAUCCUAGCGAGCGUCACCCAAACGCUGAACGAUAUUAUGAACGAGGACGAGCAGACGGGCACAAAGACGGAUUCGCUGGUGCUGACCGAUGACAAUGAGGACGAGGUUAGCCUUACCAUGUUCGGGUAUGUGUUCUUCGAAUCGGACACAGUGCAAGAGGAAACACCCCACUUUGCUCGCUGCCGAACGAUCUGCAUGCGCGAUCCGACGCAUAUGAUCGUGCUGAAAGACUAUCUACAGAAUCAGCUUGUCGUGAUGAAAAACUUGAUCGGUGGUGAGCGAUACCAAACGCUAAUGUCAACGGUCGAUCCACAAGUCCUGAAGGAGAUGAGCGAGUUCGUGAUGCUCGGCAUCGAAGUGCGAACCGAGGCAGCGGCACAGUAAUGCGCACUCAAUUCGCCUGCAAGGAGACGCCCCGUGCGUCCCGUGAACCCUACUCUUCCGUGAAUGCAGCUAGAAAUCACAAAAGAACCCAAACGGGCCCAAGGAACCCGAGGCGACGUUGUAAAGCUUCUAUUUUUAGAGAACACUUUAUCUUUACCUAAUUUUUACUGCUUUAGUUUAACACUCAAAAUUUUAACUAAACAUCAGACCACUAAUCGGUGUGGACAUUUUGGGCGCUUUUUCUACACUCCGAUCUUUUUCCACUUUCCCUUGUUGAGUUAUUGGGCUGUUUGAGUUAAAUAUUCAGUUAUUUAAUAAAUUGCAUGUCCAUGCACCGAGCAUCGUGGUGGUUCGUACUUUAGUUUUAUGUUCGUUUGCGACAUUUAAAUGGAUGCUUUCUUGUGUUUAAAUGCUCCAGCAGCCGGCGUGAAAGCUAUCCGGACGCUUUUCCCUCAUUUUAAUCGCGUAAUCCGUCGUUUUCGUUGUACCGAUGAAUGAUAAUAAAAGAAAUAU